GACUGGCCCAAAUGCAAGGCGAGUAAGCGACGUUGAGGGAGUGAAAGAGAGUGAGUUAGCUAAUAGAAUCGGCGAAGCAGCAAGUUUAAGGAGGAAGCAGGUCUGAUACGGUGUCACGAGAGCAGCCAGGUCUACACUAAAUACACGAACCAGAACACCCCCAUAUAAAUACACCCACACUGCAUAACUGCAGACUUUACUGGCUAUACUGAAAUGCAAGAGGAUUGCAAAAUCUGUUGAAGAUUACGCUGGAAUACCGUAGCAUUCUGCAGAUACAUUAUUCGGUUUUUUCAGUGUGUCCUUUGGAUGACAGUUUUAAUGAAAUCGGUGGGGCUGGAUGUUUUCGUCUAAAUUUACUUCCCCUUUGUGACCGCUGUGUGAGCUUGCUUUUUUAAUCUACUUCAAGGACAUUUUGUGUCAGACGCGGGAUUCUGGCUUUUUAAAUAUAAAGAGUCUUCAUUUUUUUAAAGAAGUGAAUUGCGUCGCUUAUCGAGACGGGAUGAUGAACAUUAGUAGUGGGAAUACUGCCAACUGCAUUUAUGCAAGCCGCAAAAGGCGAAAGCCAGUGCAGAAAAGUGCAAAGCCAUCACUUCCUGAAGCCAAGUCCAACCCAUCCAAGAGGCAUCGAGACCGGUUGAAUACAGAGCUUGAGCGGCUGGCCAGCCUUCUGCCCUUCCCCCAGGAUGUUAUCUCCAAACUGGACAAACUCUCAGUACUGCGGCUGAGUGUCAGUUACCUGAGAGCCAAAAGCUUCUUCAGUGCGUCUAUAAACUCUAACAGCUGCAAAAGACCUGCUGGAAAUGGACUCCAUGACGUAAAUAAACUUCCUUGCGAUGAACUGCUGGAAGGAGAACUCCUAUUACAGGUCCUGAAUGGAUUUGUGCUUGUGGUUACUGCCGAUGGUUUAGUCUUUUAUGUUUCAUCUACUCUUCAGGACUACCUUGGAUUUAAUCAAUCAGAUGUCAUCCACCAGAGUGUUUACGAACUCAUCCAUACAGAAGACAGAGCAGAAUUUCAGCGUCAGCUUCACUGGGCCCUGAACCCAGGCCCUCCACCUGACUCAGGACAGAUUGUACCAGCAGCAGACAAUGGACUUUCCUUACCAGUCACCUACUACAACCCAGAGAAGCUUCCUCCAGAGAAUUCUGCAUUUUUAGAAAGAAACUUUGUCUGCAGGUUAAGGUGUCUUCUGGACAACUCCUCUGGAUUUCUUGCCCUGAACUUCCAAGGUCGUUUGAAGUUUCUGCACGGACAGAACACGAAGUCCAAAGAUGGUUCCACAAUCCCUCCUCAGCUGGCCUUGUUUGUGGUGGCAACUCCCCUGCAGCCCCCAUCCAUCCUUGAGAUCCGUACCAGAAACUUUAUCUUCAGAACGAAGCACAAGCUGGACUUUACUCCUACAGCUUGCGAUGCCAAAGGAAAGAUUGUGCUGGGUUACACUGAGGCCGAGCUGUGCUAUCGUGGAACAGGAUAUCAGUUUAUUCAUGCAGCCGAUAUGCUGUAUUGUGCUGAGAACCACAUACGAAUGAUCAAGACUGGAGAGAGUGGCAUGACAGUGUUCAGACUCCUUACCAAACAGAACCGAUGGGCCUGGGUUCAGGCAAACGCACGCCUGGUGUACAAAAAUGGAAGGCCAGACUAUAUCAUUGCCACCCAAAGAGCUCUUUCGGAUAACGAGGGGUUAGAAAACUUACGUAAACGGAAUCUAAAGCUGCCUUUUAGUUUUGCUACUGGGGAGGCUGUACUGUACGAGACAACUUUCCCACUGGCAAUGACGGAUCCUAUGCAUGCCAAGGCCAAAGGCAAAGUAGCCACUGGAGCUUCCUCCAAAGCAAGAGAUCAAGAGUCCUUGGAUCCUAACUCACUCCUGGGUGCCAUAUUGAAACAAGAUGAAUCGAUCUAUGUCUGUGCUCCAGCACAAAACAAAAUACCUUUUGAGACUGGCCCAUUUAAUGACACCAAAGAUGACUUGAACGAUAUUAUGUCAAGUGACUGGCAAGAUAACAUUUUGCCAGUAACACAAAACAAUGCUUUCAGAGAAGAGGAUAGUGAGCAUACUUUGGAUGGCAGAAGCAACGAGUUGUUUAACUUCAUGAAAAACCUUGGGAUCAGUAUGGACGACCUGGAACUUAUUCAGCAAGAUGAAGAGUUUCUGAAAGUCGAGUGGGAUGACCCUGGAGACAUCACCGAUGUGGCAGAUGACAUCCUAAACUAUGUCCAGGAAUCGCUGAAGAAGAGAUCAGACUGUAUGUUCUCAAGUUGCACUCUUCAAAAGCCACUGGUACAGAGCCCAAGUGGCACGCUUCAGCAGCAGCAGCUACAUCCACAGCUGCACCCAGAACAACAGCAGCAGCAGCUAUAUCCACAGCAGCCUCAACAGAACCCACAGCAGCAGCAGCUAUAUCCACAGCAGCCUCAACAGAACCCACAACAGCAGCAGCAGCUAUAUCCACAGCAGCCUCAACAGAACCCACAGCAGCAGCAGCUAUAUCCACAGCAGCCUCAACAGAACCCACAACAGCAGCAGCAGCUAUAUCCACAGCAGCCUCAACAGAACCCACAGCAGCAGCAGCUAUAUCCACAGCAGCCUCAACAGAACCCACAGCAGCAGCAGCAGCUAUAUCCACAGCAACCUCAACAACAGAACCCACAGCAGCAGCUCUGCCAAAAAAUGGAACACAUGCAGGUCAACACACCUUGGGCCCCUGUCAAUGUACUGCCUGCAAACUGUCAACAGCAACCCCAGCUGCUACAGCAGCAAGCACUACAGCAGUACGGUUACUUUGGUGUGGAUGGCACUGCCCAAGAUUUUCUGUAUAAAACCGAGCUAAACACAGUUCAGCCAGCUUGCACACUGUAUAGUAUGCCUUCUGCAGUAUCUCAACAUCAUCAGCCACUUAAUGUUACAGACAUGAACUAUCCAGUCAAUGACUUUAACACACUGGAAUUGGAGGAUUUCCUGGAGAGUUUACAGCCAUGUCCAGAGACUCUGAAAUGUGGAAUAAGCCCUCAGGAUAGUAUGAUUACUUCACAGACCUAUUACACGGGUGCUGUGUCUAUGUACCAGUGUCUGCCGGAAACUCAAUCUACUUGUAUGAAUCAAGUAAAUCAGAUGAAUCAAAUGGUGUUUAGUCCGGGGACCUCACAGCAGCAGACAUUCUUACCCAAGUUCCAAAAUGGAUACAAUGAAACCUACCCAGAGCCCUACAGCUUGAUGGAUUGCACUCAGCCAAAACAACCUCUUCAUUAUCAACAGUCAGAAACAAGACCUAACUCGGACCCUUCAUCCAGUGGCUCUCCAUAACUACAAACCCUCGUACCAUGCCUGACGGGUUGUUUUUGCUUGCAUGAGUGCUGCCUUCUGAAGGAUAGCUUAUUAUGUGAAGAAUGUGAACUGGCCAAGUGGCUUGAUAAGACAAAAAAAGAUAAGGAGGAUUAAGGCUGGUUACACUGUGCAGGAUUUUAAUCCAAAACUGAGGAGAAGGAUCGCUUUUUGCUUUCUUGCACUAAAUGUGCAUAAUCUAAACAAAGACAUCUAAGAAACGUAUUUCGAAUUAUUAAACUAUGUUCUUUGCUUUCAAGGUAAAUUCUGGAAUAUAAGAUAAGGCACAUGGUAGCAGUUGGAAUAGAAAUACAAUGCACUAGAUGAAAAUUCUGACCCCAAAUGAUUUUACUGCACUAAGAUAUCCACUAUUAAGGUCACUGCAGUUUUUUUGUGGAAAUAGUUGCUGUUUAAUCAAGAUGUAUAUCUUUAUUUGAAGUAUUGUAUGUCCAGUAGUUACAAACAGAAGAUGCAGACUAAAUAAGUGUUCUGUUAGUCAUAUGGGAGCUAUUAAUGGAGGUUUUAUUUAAAUGCAAUUUAAUUAUUUUAAUAAAACAUCCCAAACAAACUACAAAAUAAAACUGUAUUUUUCUUGAAAUCAGGCCAUUAUAAAUCCACUAUUUAAUUCCACCUUAUGAUACUAACUUGAGAAUGAUUUCCUCAUAGACAGCUACAAUUUUUAGAGAUGUUACAUUUUUUUAAUGGCAAUAGUAACAGAUGUUUGUGGAUCAUUUAUUGGUCCUACUUUAAUAUUGUCAAGAUUAUUGUCUAAUUUGAAUUUUACAGUGUAAAUGUAAGUGGUAAUUUUAAUAGACAUUUUUAUGUCUGAAUUAGUAACUUUUUUUUCAAAUGUUUAAAUCACGUGCCUUAUCUUAUUAGAGAACAGGUUUUAACAGUGUUUGUCUAAAAUCCUAUGCAACUAUUUUUCAGCGCUUUCAAAAAACAAAAAAAUGCAGUUACAGUUUUAUGAUUCAUGUUUACAUGUUGACAUGUUUGCAUGAGUGACGUUUUUUUUUUCAUUAAAAAAAGAAAAUUUAUCUUGUAGGAAAUUUCUGGAGAAUAAAAAUUAAACUAAUUUCUAUUUCUUUUAGAACUUUUUGAAUUUGAAGUAUUCGAAAGUGUUGUUAUUAUUUUUUGUUUUAGAAAUAACAAAAUUGAACGUUACUUUUGCAUUGCACUCUUAAGGGAAAGAAAUCGGAAUUAACAUGGUGAGAUUUUAUUUUAGCCUUUAGAUCCCAUUGUGUCCUUCCAAACCUGUAUAGCUUUUCUACUGUAAGACAGCUGUUGACUUCAGCGUUUGUAGAAAAGAAUAUAGUUACUGGUGGGCAUCCUCUGAACCGUACAAGUCCAGUGUCCAUGGGCUUUGUGGAUCACAACAGUUUUACCAAUGUCAAUGGCUUUGCUGUAUUGAACUUGCUCAGACAAAACCCUCAGUUGUAUUUAAGAUAUACAAUUUUAAUUUCUUUGAUAUAUACAUUUGAUACAGCUACAUCUGUGUUUUUAAAUGAACGUCAAAGAUUUGCUAUGUUGUUGUAAUGCAUAUUUUAGUGUUUGUACCAUAUUAUGUAUAUAUAAUUAACAGUUUUUUAUUUGUCUUUUUUGUGAUAUAAUUAUUACUUCAUAAACACAUUUAAUGAAUGGAUUUAUAAACUGCCAGUUGUAGCAUAAACAAGGGUUUUGAGUAAUCACACUUUUAAGUUUUGCUUAUUAAUUUAAAUUGGCAAUGGCAAGAAUUUUUCAUCCAGCCUUCUGUUAUGCUCUAGUAUUCAGAUACUAUGCUGAAAAUCAUUUAGAUGACAAAGGGGUGUGUGGACAUGGUAUGAAAUAAUUUAUAUACUGUAGUCUUGAAUGAUAUUUGAAUGAUAUGCAGGCAGAACAUGGGACAGCCACCUGACAAAAAAGAUAGAUAUUAGCGGUCCCCUGGUGCAGUUUCAUCUGAUUUAAUGCAUUGUAAGCAAACAUACAUUGUUAGGAAUUCCUCAACAUACUUCUCUGAAUACAGAUACGGAUACCCUCUAUUACCAACUGAACGGGACAGGUGGAAAUUGAUCAAUUCUUAUUUUAUAAUGGAUCUAAAACAGAAAAUUCAGCUUUUAGCAGGGCAGAAUGGAUUAAGCUGCAGAUAAACAAAGGAAAGACAGAGCGUUUUGAAAAUUCGGUUUCACUUUUUGGAUGCUAUCACUUUACAUAAAACAAACUGCUCAGUUUAAUGAUGUUCAAUGCAAGAAAGCAAGGGGUUAAUAUCAUUAAUGUACUGUUAAAAAGGUAAAAAAAAACAUUUUCGCCAACUUCCAAAGCCAGUUUGUGUUGUAUGUACGCUCUGUGUAGUUGUUUUUAUUUUAAUGCCAUUUCUGUCUCGGUUUAACGCACAUGAACUGAAAAAGCACUGUUUUUGGAAUUAUGUUUUUUAAAUAACCAAAUAUUGUCUUCCAGUGCUUUGUGUUUUCACUGAUUUUCUUUGCAUAGUAGACGUGCAGUGCCAUACCUUGGUGUUUUUGUCACACUGAUGUACCUGACAUUGUUCAUUUAUACUCCCCCGACGACAAUAAAGUAACUACAGCUGUGGCCAAAAGUUUUGCAUCACCGUAGAGUGAACUAAUUUUGCUUCAUAAAGUCAAAUAAAACCUACUGAAUAAUGUUACGUUAACAUAUUGAAUUGCAUAACGCUUUGUAGUUUUACAUAUACUUAACAGAAAGAUGACAAAUUUAACAUUUCGAAAUCUAACAUGAAAUACUGUACAACUAUUAUUUCUUCCGGUACACUUUUGAAAUAUUUUCUAUAAUUAUGCCUCAAUCCUAAAAUUGUAGGUGAUGCAAAACUUUUGACCCUAUGGCUAUGACUGGUUCUACUGUAAUCUCAAAACAGGUUCAUGUUUUCGUACUGUACGUUCUUUAAAUAUCAAUUAAAUACAGUAUGAAAUCGAUAUACACACACUGUUGCUGAUAACAGCACUGACAUGUCAGCACCAAGCAGAACUCUCCGUAUAGCUUACGGUACUUCAGCAUUGCAUCAUUUUAAUUCAAAGGUACUUCUCUUACUGUAAUUACAGUAGUUACAACCUGUCUUUGAUAAUUGAAUUCAUUUGGAGUUUAGAAUUGUAUAUCCUUGAUAAAUUGUAAACAUGUGACCUAUGUGUUUUUCCUAUUCCAGUGAAGCUAUUGAUACUGACGAUCACAUUGCUGAUGAGUGAUAACCAUGUGAGACACUUAUUAACAGCACAUUGUUCAAAAAAUAUACUUCAAGCAAUUAAUACUAAUUGAAACAUUUAACAAAUAAAUACAUUAAACUGUCUUUAGGGACAAGUAAAACAAUCCAGUUACAACUGUUAACCUGGAUGGCCACGAUUCUUAGGUAAGUAAAAUUUUAACACUUCUGUAAUAUCAUUCUAACAUCUUACAAAGCUGCUGUAACACAAUGAACAUUUAAUUUUAUAGCAAGGUUAUUUUUAUGCCUGACAGCCAAAGUAUCAGCAUAGCACCUCCUUACUUACCAUAAAAUCACACCCACUGGCGCGGUACUUAAGUUUAUUAUAAACCCAUAUCAUAAUAAAAAAGGACAGGGUCAGACAGAUGUUUUUCAGGAAUAGUAGCGCUAAAAUCGUACCAUGCUACUUCUAUUUCCGUUGUAAAUGUAGCCAUUGCGUUCAUAAGGCAAGACCCCUUUUCACCUUUACAUGCCAUAAGGUGUGGUAGUAGCAUUAGUUUAGCCAGACAUGUACAAGAAGUACAUUUAAAAAUAUUCUUUAUUUAGAAUCGUGGAAUAUGAGGCGUAUAUAACUUACCAUGAGUUUUAGCAGUGUGCUAAAUUAACAAAUUCAUAACAUCUUGCUUAGGAAUUUGUAUUUUAUGCUAUUCAGUCACAAAACAAUUAAUAAGGUUAUAAACAAAACAGCAUUUACAGUAUAAAACAUGAGGGAUUAGCCGGAGUUUCAAAACUAUUAGAAGGCUGCUAUAAUUUCAGAUUUAAGGCAUAAAACUCUCUCAUGUUUUGUUCGUCGGAUCAUAACUUUCCCUAAGGGCAAACAAAGGGCAGUUUGUACUUAACUGCCACAGCUAGAGAAUGUCAUAAGAAACCCCCAUGUGUGUAUUUAUUGAGUUCAUGUGUUUUCAGUAAACCAAGGUUUCUCUAGCUUCCCCCCCCCCCCCCCCCCCCAAAUAAAGCACUUGUUUGGCCUUGUUUUGCUGUCACGAAACAACAUUGCUUUGUAUAUAACUUGUUUUAUCUAAUGUUUUUCAGAAUAUAACAUGGGGGAGCAACUUUAAAUGCACUAAUUUUCUAGGUGGAAGCUUUAUAGAUAGAAUGUGAAUAUAAUAUGAAAGAUAAUCCAGUGUUAGUAAACAUAUAGGAGGUGGGAACAGAUUCUACAUCCAUUUUAAAUAAAAUAAUGUUGCUUUAAAAGAAUAUGAUAAUAGUUGAUUUUAUAUAAUCACUGUAAAAGAGUUUAAAGGGAUAACAAUGAAAAAAAGAAAUCAACAGGUAUAUCGUGCUAUGGAUAAUCACAUUUAUUAAGCCAAAUACAUAUUCCCUACAUCACUAAGUGCCAAACAUGCAGUACCACUAAAGUACUGUUUUAUUGUGAAUUUCAUUUGUAUUGUACUAUAUGCAUACAGACAGCUUAUUAUUGCUGUAGUAGCUGAGCUUCAGUAGAACACAUGUAGAGGGUUUAAUGCCUACAUCAGAGUAGAACCAAACAUACAAAACAAAAAGUUUAGAUUGUGCGUUUCUUGUUCUUUUAUUGUUGUAAAGUAUUACCUUGUGUUAACAGUAUUACUGUACAUGUUAUGUUUUUGUAAAAAUAAUAAUAAUAAUAAUAAUUGUCUUCCAAUUUUAUUUCUUCUCAUACAUUUGCUAUGCUUGCACAUACUAUGUCAUUUGGGGCAUGGUGUGUAGUACCCGCACUGACCUUCAGUGACAUUUGUAAAAUAUAAUAUAUUCUAAUAAAUUUGCUGAAUGUAUUGUA